AUGCAGGCUGUUCGAGGCCUCGCGACUGGCUCACCUGCGACCAGUGUAUCAAAACAUCACAAGAUCGUUGUCAUUGGAAACGGUUCAGCUGGUGUCGCAGUAAGCCAUCAACUGUUACGAAAAGGACGCUUUGAAAAGGACGACUUUGCUGUUGUCGAUCCGGGCACUUGGCACCAUUACCAACCGGGCUGGACAUUGGUGGGCGGCGGCUUGAGCAGCAAACUACAAUUCAAAAGGCCGAUGAGCGAACUUGUCGCAUCUGGGACAACGUUCUACAAUGACCACGUGGUGGGCAUUCACCCGCAAGACAACUAUUUGUCGCUGGGAGACGGUGACAAAGUCCAGUAUGACCAUCUCGUCAUCGCUCCAGGCAUCAAAGUCGAUUACAACAGCAUCAAAGGCCUCAGCGAAGCAAUGGCCAACCCUGAUAGCCUUGUAGCGUCUAUAUACAGCUAUCACCAUUGCGACAGGGUGUUUCAAAACAUUCAGCGUCUCAAGAAGGGCUCGGCCAUCUUCACCCAGCCUUCCGGUGUAGUGAAAUGCGCAGGCGCACCUCAAAAGAUCAUGUGGCUCGCAAUGGAUCACUGGAGACGAGCAGGCCUCUACAGCAACGAUCCCGAGAAAAGCACCAUCAAGAUGACUUUCGCGACUGGUCUGCCCACUAUGUUUGGCGUACCGAAGUACAGCGUCAAACUGAACGAAAUGCGAGAAGAGAGAGGAGUCACCGGCCUCUUCGAACAUAACCUCAUCGAUAUUAACGGGAAUACUGCGACAUUCGCACGACCGAACGGCGAACAGCCCGUACAGCGACAGUUUGACUUCCUUCAUGUUGCGCCCCGAAAUGUACCGCACGAUUUUGUGAAAGAGAGCGGGUUGGGCAACGACGCGGGAUUCGUAGACGUGGAUCAGCACUCUCUCCGGCACAAGAAGUUCAAGAACGUGUGGUCGCUCGGCGAUGCGGCGAGUCUGCCAACGUCGAAAACGGUGGCUGCAAUCACAUCCCAAGCGCCUAUUCUCACACAAAACCUCUUGCGUACUAUGGAUGGCAAGGAGCCAGAGUCCGAAUACGAUGGCUAUACUUCAUGUCCGCUUCUGACCGGUAACAAGAAGGUGCUUCUUGCGGAGUUCAAAUACGGUGGUAUGCCGAAAGAGACGUUCAAUACAUGGUUUGGGGUUGACCAGGCUGUCCCGAGACGCGCAUUCUAUCAUCUGAAGAAAGACUUCUUUCCUUGGGUUUAUGACCGAUAUCACGUGAAGGGCCGGUGGGGUGGCCCAAGUGGCUGGAUCAGGUAG